AUGCUUGAAAUUAGCACCUCGGCAGCUGCAGGGAUUUUAAUUGGCUUAUCAAUAUACGAAUUCAAAGGCCACAUAUUUCAGGGCUAUUUCCGACAGCCUUUCGGUCCCUUAUCAAGCGCAGUCAACUAUACCACCCUUCCAACUGCCGGUAUACUGUGUAGCCUGGCAAUCAGCCUUUCAGCCGCACCAGCUGGAAUAAGGAUCAUUGCUGAUGAGAAGCUUAUCUUCUACCAGGAUGUCUACACAGGUCAUUCAGCAAGCGCCUAUUUGCUUGGAAAAGACUUAGCCACCUGGCCACGGAUUCUCGUGUCGUCAUUGCAAUUCACAACAUUCUACAUGAUCCUCGCAACCACCGUGAUCCCUUUUCACAUUUUGUUCUCACUUAAUGUGGUAUACUUCUUCUGUAUCUAUGGGCUUGCGUCGCUUGUGGCGUCGCUUGUCAAGCGCCAGGAUGCGCUAUUAUUGGCUAUGCUUGCAACUCUGAUAUGCGGGGUUCUGGACGGCUUUGGCCCACGUCUAACCCUUGUCAAAACAUGGGGUAUGGAAUGGCUGUGGUAUAUGUGCCCUGGUACUUGGUACGCCGAGGCCUUUUUCAGUGAACAUAUUGUCCCCUUCUCGUAUUUGUACGACAUUGAUGCUGCUGCAAGAUUUGUUGGCUAUGUAACAGGAAGAACUGCCCUCGACAUCUGUUUAAUCUUCGCAAUAGGUGUUCUUUACCGCAUUCUUGCUUAUAUUGUGUUGAUAUUACCGAUCAUGGAUUUCAGAGUUAUAGGAAGGUUUUUUGGGUCGAGCCAAAAGGCCGUUCUUAGGGUCUAUUCUGCUCGCUCACCGGGCAAUAGUACAGACUAA